AUGCCUCGAAAGUACGAACCUACCCUCGAGGAGCUCGUCAACCGAUCCGAUCCAGAAGACGAUGACUACGACGACAGAGAACAGCGAUCGCGCAGGCCGGCCAAAAAAUCGAAGAGCAAGUCAAAGAAGCAAGCGUCUAGGAAGCGCAAGCGAGAUUCGGAUGAUGAUAUAGAUGAGGAUACAGAGCUUUCGGAGGAAGAGGACGACCUGUCAGAUGACUUUGAGGAUGAGAUCGAAGACCCAAAUGCAGAGAGAAAUGCGCGUGGCUCCGUGAGGAGGCGGGUCGCUACGAAGAAAGUAUCCUACGCAGAGUCAUCUCCUGAUGAAGACGACAUUGACGAGCUCCUGGAGGACAAGGAAGAGGAGAAAGACCCAGAGGAGGAUCUGCAGGAGAAGAAAGGGAAGAAGCGCAAGUUAAUUGUCAAGUUCCCAUUGCCAACACAGUCCACGACUGCAGAACCCGCUCCCUCUGGCCGUGCAACACGCUCCCGCGGUCGUAGCGCGAGUGUCCAACGACAAGAUCCAAUAAGCGUAGGCACUCGACAGUCUACUCGGCGAAGCAGUCGCCUUGCACACGACGACAGGGAAGAUAUCGUGGCUCUCUCUGGCUCAGGUCGACAUGUCGAAACCAUCCGCCCGGGUACUCGCAGCCCAGAGCCUGUUAAAUCCCUUCCCACACGCCAGGGUCAACAGCUAUCUCACGUUGAGGAAGAAGAUGGUGAUGGAGAUGAAUCAAAAAUACCCAAGGAUGAGGAGGACGAGUCCCAUCUAGAUCGUGUGGGUGCAUCUCAGGUCGAGAUCAUGGAAAGUGAUCCUCAAGGAGGUUUCGAUGAGGAUGCACCGGCUGUUGCAGCUUCUGACAACGCCCAUCCGCCCGCAGACGAAGAUGCAGACGGAGGUGAGCCAGACGUUGAAAUGGGUGAGGACGGGAUUGUCCCUGAGUCUCAACACGAUCGCGUCGAGCAGGACGAGGAAGACGACGAGGACGAUGAAGGACCGGUGUCACGAACAAGAUCUCGACGAAACAGAAUACAACAGGAGCCGGCAGAGGAAGAAGAGGCACAGGCUGAAAAGGAAGGAAGCCAGCCAGUUCGCCGAUCCACUAGACGAACCGCUGGAAAAAGAUCCCAACCACCAGGAGAUGACGGUAGUGACUUUGAGCCGAACGAAGAAAGUCAUGAAGAAGAAGAACUUUCCGACUCCGCUGCAUCCUUGGCCUCUCCGCAAAAGGACGACAGCGGCAACGAGCCUCGUACCCGUCGUAGUAAUCGGCAGCGUUAUUCUCAUUCCCGUGCCGAGUCUGAAGCCCGUGAAAUUGAAGAGGAACUGGCAGAGUUGAAAUCAACACGGCCUCGACGGAAGAAACCCGAUAUUGUGUACGAAGACAAACCACGACGAACUAGAAAGUCUGUCGACUACCGGCUCAUCCGUCCAGAACUACUACUCCCAUUAGAAGAAAGUGAAGUUGAACCGGCUGGAUCUCCGUCACGCCGUGGUGGACGUGCUGGGGGAAGCACAUGGCAGCGAACCCUGUUCUCUACUUAUGGGCCCUUUGGCGGUGCUGGGCCAACACCUCUACUUGGGGGCCCUGCAGGCAUGGGCGCCAAUGGAGGCGUAGACAGUGAUAGCUCAGAUGACGAACUUGCUGCUCGUUCCAAGGGCCCCGGUGGCGCUCCUAGCGGAAUGACCGCGGCCUCCCUUGCUCCCAGUCUCGGCCUAGGCAUGACAGGCCAGCUGCACCCUGAUCCAGCGCAAGGCGCUCCCGGAGUGCCUGCUAACUACGGGAAAAUCAAAGACAAGCAAGCUCUAGCCGAUGCAGAUCCUCUGGGAGUUAACCCGAACGUUAAUUUUGACAGCGUGGGUGGUUUACAGGGUCAUAUAGAUCAGUUGAAGGAGAUGGUUUCUCUACCCUUGCUUUAUCCAGAGGUCUUCCAGAGUCUAAACAUCAUUCCACCUCGAGGAGUUUUGUUCCAUGGACCCCCGGGAACCGGUAAAACGCUUCUGGCGCGUGCAUUGGCUACCAGUGUCAGCACUGAUGGACGUAAGGUGACAUUCUACAUGCGAAAAGGAGCUGACGCCCUGAGCAAAUGGGUUGGUGAAGCCGAGAAGCAGCUCAGGUUGCUCUUCGAGGAGGCCAGAAGAACACAGCCAAGUAUCAUCUUUUUUGAUGAAAUUGAUGGUCUCGCUCCUGUCCGAUCCAGCAAGCAAGAACAAAUUCAUUCCUCUAUCGUGUCUACCCUCCUUGCUUUGAUGGAUGGCAUGGAUGGUCGAGGUCAAGUUAUUGUUAUUGGCGCCACUAAUCGGCCAGACUCUGUCGAUCCCGCUCUCCGCCGCCCAGGCAGAUUUGAUAGGGAAUUCUACUUCCCGCUUCCUAAUGUUGAAGCCCGUCGAGCUAUUAUUGACAUCAACACCAGAGGCUGGGAGCCUGCGCUUUCAGACGAAUUCAAAGACAAGCUAGCUGCUUCAACCAAGGGAUAUGGUGGUGCCGAUCUACGAGCAUUAUGCACAGAGGCGGCUCUGAAUGCUGUACAACGGGUUUAUCCUCAGAUAUACCAAUCCAAGGAUAAGCUAUUGAUUGAUCCUAAAAAGAUCAAGGUGUCUUUCAAGGACUUCAUGAUCUCACUCAACAAAAUUGUUCCCUCUUCUGAGAGAUCUGCCUCCUCUGGUGCAUCUCCUCUUCACAGUACAGUUGAGCCACUGCUACGAGAACCCCUGCGCGAAAUCCAAGAACGCAUCUCCAAACUUGUCCCUAGGAGGAAAGCACUUACUGCCCUGGAAGAAGCACAGUUUGAGCAACCUAAUGACGACAUUGGAUUCAAACGCGAGAAGUUACAAGAAGAGUUCGAUCGAUCGCGGGUGUUCAGACCCAGGCUACUUAUCCGCGGAGAGUACGGAAUGGGACAACAGUACAUCACAUCUGCCCUACUGAACCACUUCGAGGGCAUCCAUGUCCAGUCCUUCGACCUUCCGACUCUAUUGAGUGAUUCAACCAGGUCACCAGAGGCGGUUGUGGUACAACUCUUUGCCGAAGUCAAGCGUAACAAACCCAGUGUUAUUUGCAUUCCGAACAUCCGGUCAUGGUACGAAACACUUGGAAACGCUGUGAUAUCCACCUUUAUGGGCUUGCUGCGUUCAAUUCCCCCGACAGACCCUGUGCUAUUACUGGGUAUCCUGGAAGGGGAAGCUGAAUAUGAGGCAAACUCCGAUAUUGUACGCAGCCUAUUUGGAUUCUCUAAGAAAAACCAAUAUUUCCUUAGUUAUCCGGAGCUGUCUCAACGCCGGGAAUUCUUCCAGCCCAUUAUUGACUUCAUACGCACAUCACCAGCCGAUUUUCCUGACCCAGAUAACCGGAAAAAGCGAGUGAUUGAGCAGCUUGAACUUGCUCCUCCAGCUCCUCCAAAGCCACCACCAGCCCCGACAAAAGAGGAACUAAAGGCACAAAAACGAAAAGACCGACAGACACUUAAUCUCAUGAAGAUUAGAAUACAGCCUAUCAUGGACCAGAUUCGGAAAUAUAAGCGAUUCAGAACGGGUGUUGUUGACGAGUCCCAAAUACGAUAUCUUUAUGACGACGAUGAUCCGAAUGUUGUCACGUCCGACCUACCUCCACAGCAACGGAGCGCGUUUAGGCCUUAUGAGAAGGACACAGACAAGGCUGGCGUCCCUGGUCUGCGGGAAGUUGCAUCGGGCAAAUUCUAUUACAACUUAGAUAUCGUGACCAUCGAGAAGCGAUUAUCCAACGGAUAUUACAAACGCCCAAAGGACUUUUUAGCUGACAUCAAAAGAUUGGCUAAGGAUGCAAAGCAACUUGGUGACCCUGAUAGACAGUUGAAAGCGAAUGAACUAUUGGCAAACGUUGAAGUUGACAUCGGUGCGAUUGACAAUACUGACCCGGCACUAGUGGCCGAGUGUGAGGUGGUAUACACACGAGAGUUAGAACGUGAGAAGGCUGCGCUGGAGAAGAUAAAGCAGCCAGUAGCCGAUGCCGAUGGCACAAUGAAGCCUCCAGCUGGCCCACCACCACAAAUGAACAUAGCACAUGGAAGCAUUGAACUGUCCAAUGUAUCAUCAGCCGGCCCCGUGGUACUAGGCGAGUUAUUCAACAGUCCGUGCCCGGCACCUGGUAGCAAAUCUGGCCCUGGUUAUCCAUCUUUGACAAAUGGACAUACUCCAGGUUUCCAUCCUCAUGGUGGUGUUGACGGCGUUCGACCUCCAACCAGUAACGGACCUCUGCAUAAGCCAGAAGGUGAUGGUGAUGUUCAGAUGUCCAAUUCGGAUCACACCUCAGGCACACACCAGAACAAUACUCAAAACAGCUCGUUUGGCCCAUCUGCACAGCCUAGGCCACUGCACUCAUACACUGCGCCUUCGCAGUUUAUGAGACACCAGUCCGGUCUGUCUACAUUGUCACAAAAGGGCAAUAUCACACCGAUGGCCCCUGGAUCACAACCUGGUGACUAUGUUAACGAUGCCUCGACGACCCAAACAACGUCUGACAAAAAGAAUUCUGGUCCCACUGAUGUCAUGCAUACAAAUCCCCAUGCUUCCUUGAUAGGAUCGGCCAUGCAUGAUGCGCCAGAUCUUACGCUAUAUCCCGAUCGUGCUUCAGGCGAUGAGCACCUCCCAGAGACUCAGCAAGGGGAUAGUUCCUGGGUUUCCUCUCAAAUGACACCUCUCCGUGGCGUUGCUGAAUUCCUUCACUCACAGUCCACAUCCAAUGCGAAUGGUAGCCAAUCACAACCGCGUCAUUCCCAAGCGUCUCAACCACAUCCUGUUGGCCCUCCGCCGCUUUUCGAUGCCACUUCUAGCCGUUCUUCAGGGGCUAACACACAUGGAAAUCCCGUUACCCCUCCCUCACGCAACGGUGAACCCACCCGUAUCUCGCACCUCAUCAACAGUGAGCCAAAGCAGCCUGAGGCAUCGCCGCCGAACUUAAAACCGAACUUAAUGGUGGAUGAAGUCUUCAAUAGAGAGCUUCAUGAUGAACUUAGCACCAAGACGGGAGGAUUCUCAGUCGAGCAACUAGAACAGAUCAACACUGAGCUUAUGGACUGCCUAUGGGUCAACCGCAACGAGUGGAAUAGGCAAGAAGUUGCCAUAAUAUUGAGGGAUACCUUUCUCGAAACACUUGAUGAUAUAAAAUCAAGCCAGAACUACGUCGACACAACUCAGAAACUGGGCCGCCAAUGA